AUGUCGCAAAACCAUAAGGCAGGUUCUAAUAGUAAUAAUAACCAACAACCGCCAACAAAGGCACCGAGAGCUGGAAAUAAUAAUGCACAACGUUCCAAUCAACAACCGCAGCAACCACAGCAACCGCAGCAGAGAACAAAUGGGCCAUUUUCUGCCUCUGAUUUGAAUAGAAUUGUUUUAGAAUAUUUGAAUAAGAAGGGGUACCAUCGUACCGAGGCCAUGUUAAGAGCUGAAAGUGGACGUACUUUGACACCGCAAGAUAAACAAUCUCCAGCUAAUACUCAAACGGGGAAGCUACCUGAACCUUCCACUAUGGCAAUAACAGCAGAUAAAGGUGCAAAACCUGUCAGUAAUCCACAUUUACCCUUGAAAAGAAACAAUGAAGGUGGAGUGGUCUCUAAUGAAGAAUUAAAUUCGGUGACUUCCCCAGAGAGUUAUAUUAGAGCAUAUUCAAUGUUGAAAAGUUGGGUGGAUUCAUCCUUAGAAAUUUAUAGACCGGAAUUGCAUUACAUACUGUAUCCAAUUUUCAUUUAUUUAUUUUUGAAUUUGGUGAUAAAGGAUCCUGUUGUUGCACGUCGAUUCUUUGAUAAAUUUUCAUCUGAUUUUAGAAUCCUACAUGGGACGGAGAUUAAUAGAUUGUUUAGUGUGAAUUCUGUGGAUCAUAUCAAGGAAAAUGAAGUCGCUAGUGCGUUCCAAUCAAAUAGAUAUAGAAUAACAAUAUCGAGGACCACGUUGAAUCUAUUGUUGUAUUUCUUGAAUGAAAACGAAAGUGUUGGAGGAUCAUUAAUAAUUGGUAUAAUAAACCAACAUUUGGAUCCAAAUGUGAUGGAUGUUGUCUUAGAGAAGGAAAAACUUGCUGAUGGUAUUAAACUUCUUUCUGAUGGGAAUGCAGGGAAAAUAAACUCAGAACUGAAUUCGGCAGAGGUCAAAUUAGGUCCAUUCCCUAAGGACGAAGAAUUUGUGAAAGAGAUUGAGACAGAAUUAAAGAUCAAAGAUGAUCAAGAGAGGCAGCAGCAACAACAAAAUGGUACAACUACUGAUGCCAGUAAGAGAACUUUGAUGCAAGAAUAUAAAGCAAUGAAUAAUGAACCAUAUGAAACACCAGUACCAACGGAUGAUUCGAAUAAAGAAAACAACGAGCAAGAUAAAGAAAAUACUACAGAUAAGGCACAAACUGAACAAGAUGCAACAACACCUGCACCUACAUCGACAUUGGAGCCGCCCGCAAACACCACAGUUACCGUGAAGACGGAGGAAAAAUCAACAACCUCUAGCAAACCAGUAAUAGCAGGUGAGAAUUUGGAAGCACCAUCUAAAGACAUAUUACCCCUACCACCUAAGACAGCAUUGGAUUUGAAACUGGAAAUACAAAAAGUCAAAGAGUCUCGUGAUUCAAUCAAACUGGAUAAUCUCCAAGCUGCUCUUCCUAGUGUGUGUAUGUAUACGUUCCACAAUACUAAUGGAGGUAUGACCUCUUUACAAUUUAGUGAGGACUCUAGGUUAGUAGCUGCAGGUUUCCAAGAUAGUUAUAUUAAACUAUGGUCCCUUGAUGGAUCUUCUUUAAAACAGAUACAAGAGAAAAGUGCUGAUUCCAUCAACACUGGAGACAUGAACGAUAAUACUAGCACGACACUGAUAGGUCAUAGUGGUGCUGUAUAUUCCACCAGUUUCAGUCCAGAUAAUAGAUACUUACUUUCUGGAUCUGAGGAUAAGACAGUCAGAUUAUGGUCGACCGACACUUACACAUCAUUAGUGAGUUAUAAAGGUCACAAUCAUCCUGUUUGGGAUGUUCAAUUUUCUCCCCUGGGACAUUAUUUUGCCACAGCAUCACACGAUCAGACUGCUAGACUAUGGUCGUGUGAUCAUAUUUAUCCUCUGAGAAUAUUUGCUGGUCAUUUGAGUGAUGUAGACUGUGUGUCCUUCCAUCCUAAUGGUUGUUAUGUAUUCACUGGAUCUAGUGAUAAGACCUGUAGAAUGUGGGACAUAUCCACCGGUGAUUCUGUUCGUUUAUUCCUUGGUCAUACAGCUCCUGUUCUUUGUACAGCAGUAUCACCUGAUGGGAGAUGGUUAGCCACUGGGAGUGAAGAUGGUAUAAUUAAUCUUUGGGACAUUGGUACAGCGAAGAGAUUAAAAGUGAUGCGUGGACAUGGGAAGAAUGCUAUCCAUUCCUUGUCGUAUUGUAAAGAGGGUAAUGUUUUAGUUAGUGGUGGUGCAGAUCAUUCUGUUCGUGUUUGGGAUUUGAAGAAAUCGACUGCGGAACCUGGUCCUGAACCGGAGGAACAAUUUGUUGGCUAUAUAGGGAAUUUGACUGCUUCCAUUAACCAGGAUAUAAAGGAUUUUGGUCGUAGACGUACCAUCAUUCCAUCCAAUGAUUUGGUUGCUUCAUUUUAUACUAAGAAGACGCCAAUAUUCAAUGUAAAAUUUACGAGGAAUAAUAUUGUGUUAGCUGGGGGUGCAUUCAGGGAAUGA